AUGUUGCGAAAAUCGAGAGGAUCUAGGCAGAUCACUAUGCGUCUCCAAGUGCAGAUCGGUCUUGAAUGUAUUGUUGUGCCCUGUCAGUCUAGCGAAACAGUCAAUUCGGUGAGUCAUCAUUUGGUGUUUCUUUAUCUUUUCCAAUUUUCACAGAUUGUUAACAUUUUUUAUUGAGAUCACUCAUUUUGCAGAUCGCCAAAAAGUCGUUAGCCAAAAUUCGACGGUUACGGCCUGAACUUUUAUUUGAUGACGCAUACUUUGAAGUUCGUCGAACCGUUGGAAACUCUUUGCUUGACCCAGAGGACCAGGCAGGCGAUGUUUUACGAGACGGAGACUUCAUUCUGAUUGGUAUGAACACUUUUCAAAGCUCAACCAGGUCAAAAAGUAUUUCCAGCUGUACAUCAUGAAGAAACAGAAGAAGCAAAGGAGGCGAGACGUCUUGAAGAACUCGAGCACGCUAAAAAAGAAAUUGAAAAAAUAGAGCUCCGAAAAAGAAAGUAAGAGAUUUACCAUCUUGCAGGGCUAACCUUUUUUUCAGAGUAUCUUUUGCUCUUGAGCAGACCGGUUCAAUUUUUGUUCCCAAACCUACUAAACUUUUGGUCCUCGAUGGUAACAGUUUGAAACCUUCCGACCUCGUAAAGUGUGAACGUGGAGAAUGCCUCAUUCAAGUUGGUUUUGUAAGAGUUGAAAUUUUUCAUUUCUUUAUUUUAGCUUUCAAUGGAUGCCGAAGUGAGGGUUCGUAAAGGAAGGGAACUAUUAGAAAAAAUCGCUUCAGAACACAGAGGUUAGGUUCGGAAUGUACUUAAAGGUCUACUUUUUUCAGUUGUGUACGGAGUCACAACUGGCUUCGGUACUUUUGCCAACGUCUUCAUACCCCCGGAGAAAGUCAAGUACAUAAAAACUAAAAGUUCUGCAAACUCUUAACGGCUUUCAGGCAACUGCAAGUCAAUUUGAUUCGAUCGCAUUCAGUCGGUUACGGAGAACCUUUGGAACCAAACAAGGCUAGAAUGCUGCUAGCUUUACGGUAAGAAGUCAAUCUGAGACUUUUGGCAAUCACAGUUCUCAGAAUUAACGUUUUGGCGAAAGGGCACAGUGGAAUUUCUCUGGGAAACUUGAAAAAAAUGAUCGCAGCUUUCAAUGGUUCAAAUAAAUUCAGAGCUUCGAUCACAUUUUUUUCAGCGUUUUGCGUGUCUUACGUUCCUCAAAAGGGUACAGUAGGAUGCAGCGGAGAUCUCGCGCCGUUGGCGCAUUUGGCGUUGGGGCUUCUCGGCGAAGGAAAAAUGUGGAGUCCUUCUACAGGGUUUGUCUUUAUUAUCCCACACAGACUUUAAAAAAAAGGUUUGUAAUGAAAAUCUCAGAUGGCAAACGGCUGAUGUUGUAUUGAAAAAGAAUAACCUGCAACCACUUGAAUUGGGUCCAAAAGAAGGAUUGGCCUUGAUAAAUGGUACUCAAAUGGUGACUGCUCUAGGCGCAUUUGGUAGAGUUCGAAAAAUCAACAACUUUCUAGAACAGAACGACUUUCAGCUCUUGAAAGAGCUCAUAAUAUCGCUCGACAAGCUGAUGUCAUUGCAGCAUUGUCUCUUGACGUCCUCAAGGGAACGACUAGAGCCUACGACCCAGGUAAGCUCGUAAAACGGAUCCGAGAACAGGAAAAAAGUUGCAGACAUUCAUCGAAUUCGGGCGCAUCCUGGACAACAACUCUCCGCUUUGCGUUUACGAUCUCUUCUUCACUCAGAAGCCAAUCCUUCUCAAAUAGCCGGUUUGAAACAAAUAAGCUAGCAUUUCAAACAUAAAUUCAGAAUCUCACCGCAACUGCACAAAAGUUCAGGAUGCGUACACACUUCGUUGUGUUCCUCAGGUUCUUGCUUCCGUAAAUUAACUCUUAUAGAAAACUGCUACAAAGUCAACUUUGGAAAGGAGUCACGUUGGACUGUAAAUUUCUAUCAAUUGCGGACGUUUUUCUCCGUUUCAACUUAAUUAAUACUCUAAUUGUCUAAAAAACGCAUGUUCAAUUUUCCAUUCGAAGCACCUGGACAGUAUCAGAAGAUUUUGAUUUUUUGAGCGAUCUUGGUCUCACCUCAAAGUAUCGUUUCAGGUUCAUGGAGUUGUGCACGACACGAUAGAGUUUGUGAGAAGAAUAAUUUCUACUGAAAUCAACUCUGCCACUGAUAAUCCGCUUGUGUUCUCCGAGAGAGAAGAAAUCAUUAGUGGUGGAAAUUUCCACGGAGAAUACCCUGCUAAGGUAUUGGAAUAGAAGAAAAACGAGAAGAAAAAUCCCAUUUGAGGCUUUGGAUUACUUAGCGAUCGCAGUUCAUGAACUGGCUCAAAUGAGUGAGAGACGACUGGAACGGCUCGUGAACAAAGACCUGAGUGGCUUACCCACUUUUUUGACUCCCGACGGAGGGUUCAACUCAGGGUUCAUGAUAAUUCAGGUGGCUGCCGCCAGCUUAGGUAUCAUUCGAUUGUUUUUUUUCAAUAACUCCUUUUUUCAGUAUCGGAAAACAAGGUUCUUUGUCAUCCUUCAUCUGUAGACAGCAUUCCUACCAGUUGCAAUCAGGUGACCUCAAGUUGUAACUCGAGCAACAUGCCAUAUCUUGUUUAGGAAGACCACGUGAGCAUGGGAGGCUUUGCUGCGAGAAAAGCUAUUACUGUAAUUGAACACGUCGAAGCAGGUUUCUCGUUUAUUUCAUAAUAACACUAGUUUUGAAUAUUUGAAGUCCUGGCAAUGGAACUAUUGGCGGCGUGCCAAGGAAUCGAAUUUUUGAAGCCUCUUAUCUCCACGGCUCCUUUGCAUAAAGUCUACCAACUUGUACGCACUGUUUCUCCGUAAGAUGUUUUCUAUCUUUUUUUAAAUUAAUAAUUCUUAUUCAGCCCAUUAAAUGCCGAUCGUUACAUGCAUCCUGAAAUUGAAGCUGUGAUAAACUUGCUGCGAGAAAACAAGGUCUUUUUAUUUACCAUACAAGUUCAUUAGAAGAAGUGAAAAAUAAAAAGAUUUAAAACGUUAGAAUUCAGGUUUGGGAAGCUGUUCUUCCGCAUUUGGAAACUCUUGAAAGAAUGGAGAUGGACGACCCGGAUGCUCUGAGACAGUCUGCAAAAACGCCUACUGGAAUCGUCAAUGACCGAUCCGAAGUAGACCUCACCUCCUAUUCUGACGAGGAAGAAGAAGACAUUCCAUAA